AUGCCAGGCCCCAGGCCCAGCCUGGUGGGUGACCCUGGGGCACUGAAGGCAGGGACAGCACUCAGAAACUCCUCCCCUCGGCCCCAGUCCCACGUAGACGCUCCCCGUCCUGAGUUCCUGCUUCCUGUCAGAGCUCAGAGCCCUCGUCCUCUGACCUCCGCACUCCAGGCCCAGCCUCAUCCUCACCGCUCACUGCCCAGCAGUAGCAGUGGCUCGGGGCGGCUCUCGCUGUCUCCUGGUGGGAUUUGCAGUGCCUGCUUAAUUUAGAUCUCCCCCAUCAUGCUGCCCCCAAACCUAGGCUGGCAGCUGCCUCUGCAGUUCAGCCUUAACCCAGCCCGACUCUGCGGGCUCUCCCUGAGCCAAGCCCCUGGCCAGGCCUUGUGCUUCUGCUGCAGGUCUCCACUGCCUCGCCCAACCCAGGGCCCAGCACCGCCUCCUGCACCUCUCUCCACAGGCCCUGGCCCUAACCCAAAGCUGAAGUCAUCCCCUGCUCCGUUCCUGGUGUCCCUCCAGAAACCGUGGGAACCUGGCCCUGUCUGUCUUCUCUGUUCUGCAGAAAUGUUGAAGGAAUUGAACCAGCAGCGCAGAGCGAAAGCGUUUACAGACCUGAAAAUUGUUGUUGAAGGCAGAGAGUUUGAAGUCCACCAAAAUGUUCUAGCUUCCUGCAGCUUGUAUUUCAAGGACCUGAUUCAAAGGUCGGUGCAAGACGGCAGCCAGUGCGGUCGGGAGAAGCUGGAGCUCGUCCUGUCCAACCUGCAGGCCGACAUCCUCGAGCUGCUGCUGGAGUUUGUCUACACCGGCUCCCUGGUCAUCGACUCGGCCAAUGCCAAGACGCUGCUGGAGGCGGCCAGCAAGUUCCAGUUCCACACCUUCUGCAAAGUCUGUGUGUCCUUUCUUGAGAAGCAGCUGACGGCCAGCAACUGCCUGGGGGUGCUGGCCAUGGCCGAGGCCAUGCAGUGCAGCGAGCUCUACCACAUGGCCAAGGCCUUCGCACUGCAGAUCUUCCCCGAGGUGGCGGCCCAGGAGGAGAUCCUCAGCAUCUCCAAGGACGACUUCAUUGCUUACAUCUCCAAUGACAGCCUCAACACCAAGGCCGAGGAGCUGGUAUAUGAGACCGUCAUCAAGUGGAUCAAGAAGGACCCUGUGUCCCGAGCACAGCAUGCGGCGGAGCUCCUGGCCGUGGUCCGCCUCCCUUUCAUCCACCCCAGCUACCUGCUCAAUGUUGUUGACAACGAGGAGCUGAUCAAAUCAUCGGAAGCCUGUCGGGACCUGGUCAAUGAGGCCAAACGUUACCACAUGCUGCCCCAUGCCCGCCAGGAGAUGCAGACACCCCGAACCCGGCCCCGUCUCUCAGCAGGUGUGGCCGAGGUCAUCGUUUUGGUCGGGGGCCGUCAGAUGGUGGGGAUGACCCAGCGCUCCCUGGUGGCCGUUACCUGCUGGAACCCGCAGAACAACAAGUGGUACCCCCUGGCCUCACUGCCUUUCUAUGACCGCGAGUUCUUCAGUGUGGUGAGCGCCGGGGACAACAUCUACCUCUCAGGUGGGAUGGAAUCAGGGGUGACGCUGGCCGAUGUCUGGUGCUACAUGUCCCUGCUCGAUAACUGGAACCUCGUCUCCAGAAUGACGGUCCCCCGCUGCCGGCACAAUAGCCUUGUCUACGAUGGGAAGAUUUACACCCUCGGGGGACUUGGCGUGGCAGGCAACAUGGACCACGUGGAGAGGUACGACACCAUCACCAACCAGUGGGAGGCAGUGGCCCCUCUGCCCAAGGCAGUGCACUCUGCAGCAGCCACCGUGUGUGGCGGCAAGAUCUACGUGUUUGGGGGCGUGAACGAGGCAGGCCGAGCCGCGGGCGUCCUCCAGUCUUACAGCCCACAGACCAACACGUGGAGCUUCAUUGAGUCCCCAAUGAUUGACAACAAGUACGCCCCCGCCGUCACCCUCAACGGCUUCGUUUUCAUCCUGGGCGGGGCUUACGCCAGAGCCACUACCAUCUAUGACCCUGAGAAAGGGAACAUCAAGGCGGGCCCCAACAUGAAUCACUCUCGCCAGUUCUGCAGUGCCGUGGUGCUUGAUGGCAAGAUUUAUGCAACCGGAGGCAUUGUGAGCAGUGAGGGACCUGCCCUGGGCAACAUGGAAGCCUAUGAACCCACAACGAACACAUGGACCCUCCUACCCCACAUGCCCUGCCCUGUAUUCAGACACGGUUGUGUCGUGAUAAAGAAAUAUAUUCAAAGCGGCUGACACUAGCAGAAAGCCCCCAAGGAGACUGUAGACGAGUCUGGGGAGGCAGAUGCUCCUCACAGUUCAAUUUUCCGCAGCCAAUAAGAGGCCGACAGACACAGUCAAGGAACUCACUGAGCUAAACAUUUUUGAUUACUCUCUACACUGAAUGUAGAAAAUCAUCCUCGCCUUUGGGGGACACGGGGGCACAGCGCUCUGAGCAGCAGGAACCGCAACCACCGAGCCGGCGAGCGGGACCUUGGGCUCCUGCGGAGACGCUUGCUCUGAACAGGGGUGCUCACUCUGCCCAGUGCAAUAGUUUCACAUAUUUUUCAACUGGGAGAGAGAAGCUGUUUUUUCCUUCCUGCAGAGCAAGCUUGAUUCCUAAACAACCACAGAUCAGUUAUCCUAUGACAAUGUUAAGUGUCAGGCUCUCUUGGAAUAAGGUCAAAGUGUCCUUAUCACUUUGAUUCCUACUUUUGUUUUUAACCAAUCCACACUUUUCAGUGGCUGAGAGAAAAGAAGGGACAAUACUGUGCUGCACGAGGCCCGGGAGGCUGUGGGGACCCCGCCAGGACGAGAAGUCCAGCCACCGUGCAGGGCCGGGUGUGGCCGGGGCCGCACAGCAGGGCAGCUGGGGAGAGCUGUCUGUCCUCCGCGGGUGUUUCUAUCCUGUUUUUGCUGGAGAAGGACAAGAUGAUUGUGCUAGGUUUCUCUUAUCCAAUACGAAUUAUUUAGAUUUCCAAGGCGUUUUCCUGAUAAAUAAAAGCCUAUUUUUAAGUAGUGAGAGGCCAUGAGAGGGAUAAUGCGCGAAUUCCCAAAGCUCUUUGCAGGUGGUGCCAGAGUGGGGCAUUUGCUCUAAUUUUUCUAUGUGCAGAAUAGAGGAUCUCUCCUGGGAGGAGUGGGGCGAUGAAUGCCCCCUUUUUAUUUUUGGAAAAAGUAACUCUCAGACAGCCCCAUAAAAGCUGUGCCUCAUGGAGGCACUGUCAGAGAAGGAAUAUUCUGGUCUAGGAGACCAGGUGUAGCUGGGACACCACUCCAGCCCCUCCAUGGGGUCAAGCUCCAGGCCGGGUGGGAAGGGAAGGAGGGACGGCGGGAGAAUAAAUGUUUGCAAAGCACAGGAGGUUAUUUUUUAUAUUUAUAGCGAUAUAUUAAGGCACCUGCCACAAGAGCGCUCAGGAUGGGGAUGGCCUUUUUAGACGAGCCACGGCAGCCAAGGCCCGAGGGGCAUGAGUGAAAUCCCUCCUCUGGCGGCCUGUCAACCUGAGAAGGGGAAGCCGGGCAGAGGUGGCACCGUGGCUCACAAGAGAAAGGCUUCCUGCUGGCCCUCAGACCCUUAAACCUCAGCGGGGAUCAGUUCCUACGCCAGGGCAAGAAGGACGCUGCUGCCACUGCGCUGGUUAGUUGAAGUUGGUACCAAAUACACAUUUACCAUUUUUAUAUCUGGGAAGUCAACUUGCUGUCAUUUUGUGAUGAAAACCACUUAUAAGGAGACAAGGACAGGACAUGCUUUCCAUCUUUCCGUAUUUGAUGACACAAAAUUCUACUUCUGAUGUCCAACUUCUAGCACUACAAGUGUGGCUCCCACUUGGACAAGAUACUGAGCUUCGUUAUGCAGUUUUUAAUAUUAUUUAUUCUUUUAAAAAGUAAUAAGCACAAAACUACAUACAUUGUAUGUCAUUUAAAGUAUUUAUGUCAAACAGGGUGCAAGUGUGAACCCAAGGACUGGAGCACAAAUUCCUAACUGCCUGGGGCAGGGCUAAUGUUAGUGUUGGUGUGCAUCUGCCUCCAAAGGAGGUGUUAGUGGUCAGCAAGACUCAACACAGAUGACAUUGAAAUUCCGUUUCUCUCCUCAUCUACCACACUGGAGCAAAACUGGCUAUUUCUGUGAAUGACAUAAAACAGGGUUCUCUGUAAUGGUAUUGUAUAUAGUAUAUGUUUAUUGUUAAGUUCUUGUUAUAUUAUAAUAAAUAUAUUUAUAGAUCUAGA